UAAGCUGUACCCGGAAACCCCUAAACCCUCGCCGUGUCCCUUUUUUGUUUUCCUUCUCUCUGUUUCUUCUGAACAAAAGAAGUCUAAACGUUGAUAUUCCUUCAUCCGUUUCUGCUUCCCCAAAGAUCCAAGCUUUCACUGGAGUUCUAUUGAAAGCUGCCUUCUUCGAUCAAUUCAACUUUAGAGGACGGCUCAGAUGGACGAGGAGAUCACAAGGCUCUUCAGAGUUCGUCGUACUGUCUUAGAAAUGCUGAGAGAUCGAAGUUACAAUGUCCAAGAAUCUGACUUGAACUUGAAAAGAGAUGAAUUCAUUCAGAAAUUCGGUAACCCCGUGAACAAGGAAGCCCUCUUCAUCGAAACAAAUAAGGGUCCGAAUCCAGCUGAUAAGAUGUAUGUUUUCUUUCCGGUCGGUCCAAAGGUGGGAGUUCCGGUGGUAAGAGACGUCGCGAACAAGAUGAAAGCCGACAAUGUUCUUCGUGGGAUCGUGGUUGUUCCAGCAGCCAUGUCUGCUCCUGCAAGAGCAGCCAUUUCUCAGAUCAAUAAGAUUCUAAACAUCGAAGUUUUCGAGGAGGCUGAGCUGGUGAACAAUAUUACAGAACAUAAGCUCAUCAACGAGUACUAUGUCCUUGACGAUAAAGCCAAGAAGGAACUGCUUGCCAAAUACAGAGUUCAAGAAACACAGUUACCACGUAUCCUGGUCUCGGAUCCAGUCGCUAGAUACUACGGCCUGAGACGAGGACAGAUUGUGAAGAUCCGUCGAAGUGAUGUAACUUCCACAGAUUAUUACACCUACAGAUAUGCUGUAUGAUUCUUCAUGUCGAAAUCCAGCUUCUACUACUGUCAAAAUUUUGGUCGAGGGGGAUUUUAUGCAAAAUUUCCCCGACUCUGUCAUUAUGAGUUUAACCAAACCUAGAUUCAUCGGCUUUUUCUCUGCGGAUAAGCUUUCGGUUUUAUGUAUUCAGAUCCUGAAAAGCUGUUGUUUGCCUUACGAAAUGUGAAAAGUCCUGCACACGAAUGCUAAAAGAUUAAAAUCCAAGUGAAAAAAAUAAAAGCUGCCGGUUUUUAUUUGCAAACAAACAAACAUUUUACAGAAUUCUGUCGUUGAUAUGUUCAAGCCAGUGCGAAAAUGUUAUAAAAAAAGCAGAGUUUUGUGAUGGAUUUGAGCUGCUGAAAGCAAAAACCGAUUUUCGAUUUUGC